UUCGCUUUAGUUGUUGUUUUUGUGUAUUUAUUGUUGUAUAGUCAUGCAUGUGCUCUUUAAUUUGUGGUCCUUUCCUUUUUUUGGAUUUGUUAGGGUUUCUUUACUUUUUUUUAGUUAUUGUGGGGUUUUGGGGGGGGGGGGGACCAUAAGACUGAAUAUUUUGAGUUGUCGUGUUUCAUACGUGGUAUUGCAUUUAUGGGGUUGUGUCGGUUGAAAGCAGAAGUGUUUGGUGGUUUUGGGGUUCCUAUUUUGGUAUUAUUUAUGGGUUUGAUGUUUUUAUUAUUGAAUUGGAUCCCCAUAAUAGCAUGUGACUUAUUUUGCAUUGAAAUGUGGUGUUUGAGAGUUAAAUUUGUUUAACUUUAUGCAUUCUUUAGUAAUAGGGCCCUUAUUGUGGUAUUUUAUUAAUUUUUUUUUGUAUUAUUUGUUAAGUGGGCCCAAUGUAUGUUGUUUCUUAACAUAUGAGUUGUUUAAUAUGACUUUAUGCAUUCUUUGUCUAAUUUAUGUUUUGUUUUGUAACUUUAUGGCUCAUUUAUUUUCUGUUACACUUUGUAGGUUAAAGAUGGUUCAUAUGGACCUGGUUUUCAAUCAUGGUGGUGAAUGGAUAACUAAGCCCUAUGUUCUCUACUCAAAGAAGGAUGUUCACUUUUGGAGAGGGUAUGAUAUCAAACCUUCUGUACUUUAAAGAUUUAGUUGAUGAAUACAUUGAAAAAUUAGGGUUUGUAGGGGUUCAACAACUAAUUGUUGUUGGUCCAUCUGAAAAAUAUUAUGAGAUUGAAGAUGGUGUUGGAAAUAGAUACCUGUUGUAUCUUGUUAGUGAUAAGUUUAACAUUAUCAAUAUUUAUGUUGUAGAAGAGUGUGACCUUGUUGUUUCUGUCCCCAACAUUGUCCACCACAGUGAGACUUGUGCAGUUGUAGCUUCAGCUGCUAGUGAUGGUAAUAGUACUGAAAAUGAAGGGGAGGAUGAUGAUGAAAUUGAUCUUGAGGAGUUGGACUCUAACUUUGAACAAAUAGGUUGCUUUCUGGCACAAAGAAAACAAGAAGUUACUGAACACCUUAUUGAGUAUAAAGAGAUACAUAGUGGUAUGUCUUUCAAGGAUAUAGCCGAAUCUAGAAAGUUUUAUGCAAUGGUUAGUAAGAAGGAGUUAGUGCUUUUAAAGAGUGACAACAAUAGAUUGAGAUAUGGGUGUGAAGAGGGCUGCCAAUUUAUUUGUCUAAUAUCUAAGGACAAAUGCAAGGAGGGCUGUAGAGUGAAGAUAUUAAACACAAAACGUGAUUGUACUGAUAAGUUUGACAAUAGUAGGGUUGAUUAUUUAACCAGUACACACUACUUCAAGAGGAAGUUGCAAGAUGAUCCUAAGUACAAAGUGAAAGAGAUGAGGAAUGAUUUGCAAGCUACCUUUAACCUUAAUGCUACUCAUGGUAAGUGUACAAGGGCAAAGAGAAUGAUCUUGGAGAAGCUUGAAGGCAGUUUCAAUGAUGAUUACAACAAGUUGUAGGCUUAUGUCAAUGCUUUGAGGGAUAGUAAUACUGGAUCUGAUGUGGUUAUUAACUUGACCAAUGAGGCACUACUUCAGGGCAAAAGGAAAUUCCUUAGAAUGUACAUUUGUUUCCAGGCUCUAAAGAUGGGAUACAAAGAUAGUUUGAGGCCAUUUAUUGGACUAGAUGGUACUUUUUUGAAAGAGAAAGCAAAAAGCCAACUGCUAGUGGCUCUUGGGCAAGACAACCAGGCCCAUUUUUAUCCUCUAGCAUGGGCUGUUGUUGAUAAAGAAACAAAGAGGAGCUGGACCUGGUUUUUGGAGCAUCUAAAGGGUUCAUUGAAGCUGAACAUGGGAGAAGGAGUUACAUUUACCUCAGACAUGCAGAAGGAGCAAAGAGAAGGUAUUGUGCCAAACAUGUUGAGGCAAAUUGGGCAAAAAAUUACAGAUCCUUAGAGAUAAAGAAGCUGUUUUGGUAGGCUUCAUGGUCCACUUAUUCAGAAGAUUUUAAAGACUAGUUGAAGUGUAUGGAGCAGUUAAGUGGAACCUGUUGUGAAGUCAUUGUUGAAGUAUCCUCCCCAGAGUUGGUGUAGGGCAUAGUUUGACACCAUUUGCAAGAAUCCAUCA